GAAGCGCCCGGCUCGCUCGCAACGCUCGGCGCGAGUCGUUGCGCGUCAGCGGAAGAGCGGGCCGGGCCGAGCCGAGCCGGGCGGUGCGGGCCGCUGUGUCGCAGCAUGGGCGCCAGCGCGCGUUGAGCGCCGCUGUGCCGGGAAAAUGAGUGGAGGGUUGGCACCAAGCAAAAGCACAGUCUAUGUGUCCAAUCUACCCUUUGCUUUGACAAACAAUGAUCUAUAUAGGAUUUUUUCCAAGUAUGGAAAAGUUGUCAAAGUUACUAUUAUGAAAGACAAAGACACCAGGAAGAGCAAAGGAGUUGCCUUUAUUUUGUUUUUGGAUAAAGAAUCUGCACAAAACUGUUCUCGGGCACUCAAUAACAAACAGCUGUUUGGCAGAGUAAUAAAAGCAAGUAUUGCCAUUGACAAUGGAAGAGCAGCAGAAUUCAUUCGCAGGCGGAACUACUUUGAUAAGUCAAAAUGUUAUGAAUGCGGGGAAGCAGGACACUUAAGUUAUGCUUGUCCUAAAAAUAUGCUGGGAGAGCGGGAGCCACCAAAGAAAAAAGAAAAGAAGAAGAGAAAGAAAGUUGUUGAACCAGAAGAAAUUGAGGAAGAAGAAGAAAGUGAAGAGGAAGGAGAAGAUCCUGCUCUUGACAGCCUCAGCCAGGCUAUAGCUGUUCAGCAAGCCAAAAUUGAGGAAGAGCAACAAAGGUGGACACAGACUGCAGGGGAAUCUUCAAUUUCAGAUGACUCAAAACGUCCACGGAUUAAGAAAAGUGCUUAUUUCAGUGAUGAAGAAGAACUUAGUGAUUGAAGUAAUAGUGUUUUAUAUGUGUAUAUAUAAUAUAUACGGUGUACAUUUUGUAAAGUGGUACAAGUUGUCUGUAAUACAGGUUUUCCUUGGUGUUGAAGACACAGAAAAUCAUGUUUCAGUUCUACCCUUCCACUUGAAGGUCUUAGUUUUUGAUCUGUCUGUCUCUCUUCUCCCUCCAUGUCUCCUCCACAACCCCCUCUUUUGCCUUAAAGGCAGCUUUUUACAAAAGUAGAGUGUUUCUAUACUUGAAUCCAGAUAAAUACCUGUGAGAAUACUUCUUGCAGGUAGUAUCUCAACCUGAACCAUGGGAGUAAAAUCGUUCAUUAAAGGAGUUUUCCUAAGAGGACUUCCUCUUAGGAUCGCUGUUAACACCUCAGAUUCUUUAUUAGCCUGUUUAUUGUCUGUUUGGAAGCAGUGCUUUAGUAGUACUUCAGUGUUGUGUGAUUGUUGCACAGCUUCUCUGCACGGGGCUGUAUUUCAGCUUUAACCAUUGUAUUGUCUUCUAACACUUCAUACAGUAGUACAAUAAAUUACUCUUAUAUAAA